AUGGCGCACUCAGGACGUGAAAACCCCCCAAGUGAUGCCGAAACAGAGCCAAAAGGCCAAACAGAGGAACUUCCCGAGUUCUCUCCUUCGCACAUCACAAUUGACACGUUCAAUGACCUCCUUGCACGCUACCCUACCACCGUAGAGACGGUGAUACGACGCAAGGAGACCGCAAGGGCCAUCAAAGCCGCCACAGCCCGAGAGAAGAAGACGAGAGCAAAGGAAAAGAAACCCGUGGCGGAUUCUGCCGCCACGCAGCCUACCUUGACACCCGAUGAGAAAGAGUAUAUUGACAGUCAAGUCCGGGCAUACCUAGCUCUGGACGGGUUGCGCUACGAGACUCUACCAGCGCGGGUGCGCGAGAGAGCUACCGCUGCCGCUACAGAAGGGAAAGAAUCCAAGCCAAAUGUCGGUGGAUACCUAGAGAAAGACGAGUUGGAGCAGCUAAUGGAGUGGAAGCUAAAACACGGUGUCUACCGUCCGACGCUCCUCGGCAUGGUCCGCUCGAACCAGGCUGCUCUCGUCUGCCGGACGACGGCCUCUGCGUUCGCUGCCGUUCCGGCGUCAGAUCCGGCCGCCGAUCUGGCGUCCGCGGACGCGGAGGCAAAGGCAGAGUCGCAGGAAUCGGAGUUGGACAGCGCGUUCCCCAAACAAAGCCUAGAGGCAUUGACCGCUCCGCUCCGGGGCGUGGGCCCCGCAACGGCCUCGCUGAUCCUGUCGGUUGCGACGGAGGGGGCGCCGUUCUAUAGCGAUGAUGUCUUUCUUUGGCUUUGCUUGGGUGUGUUUCCGUUUGCUGCUGCCGCCGCCGCCCAGGAUGGCGGAGAGACGAAGGGCGGAGCAUCGAAGCGGAUACGUCCGAACGGCGAACUCAACGUCAAGUAUAACUUACAGGAGUACUGGCAGCUCUGGGAGGCUGUGCGGCGGCUGCGGGCUAGACUGGCUGCGCAGUCUUCCGAUGUGGUUCCCUGUGUGGAUGUUGAGAAAGUGGCGUUUGUGCUGAGGCAUUAUGAUGUUUCGGGUCAUCAUGUUGGAGAUCGUCCUGUUUCUGCUCAGGAAGCUGAGGAGACGAAACGGAAGCCUGAUCAGGAUGUCCAAGCGGCGGAGCGAAGCUCGAAAAGGAGACGAUGA